AUGUCUUCAGCCAUCACCACCUCCGUGCUCAUGCUGGAAUACACCGGCGCUGCAAAUCUCGUCGCCGAAGUCAUCAGCGCAAACCCAACAGCCACGACAUUCGUACUGGACUGCGAAAAGCCCAAGCAUAAAAGGACCUGGGAUGAGAAUGAAUGUUAUAUGACCAAGGACACCGUCAUCGUCGGUCCAUGGGCCGAUAAGACACCUGCGCCUGGAGCUGCCACUACUGGUAUCUGGAGAGACGGCUACGUCAACGAAGAUGAAAAGACAGGUUACUCGUACUCGAUAGAAUGCCAGAUGGAUUAUACGAUGCCUAUUGUCUGUACUACGACCAAUCAUGCUUCGUUCACCUUCGGCGACGGUCGGGGGGUCACAGGGACGUACAUCAAACACGGCGGUACGACGUUUGACGCGUUCUUCUAUUUUGGGUAUGGAUACUUUGGCUGGGCGCCUGUCACUGUCACUGCUGGUCAGUCGUAUCUUUUGUCUGCCAAGACUGCUGCUUCCAUCGAGGCUACGGCCACGAGCGACUCUGGAACCGAAAAGGUCGAAGAAGCAACGACAUCGGCGGCCGAAACUACCCGCACGAAUGACGAUGGUGUGGUUACUGUCACUGGGGAAGCUUCAUCGACAACGACUUCGAGUAGUGGUGCAGGCACUAGACGCGCUUUAAGCCUCUGGGCUGCAAUGGGGAUUGCAGCAACGAUGGUCUUGGUAUGA